AGCCAAUAGCGCUCGGUCACAGACGCCACCAGCAGCCCGUGUCUGUGGGAGGAUCUAACGGCAGCUCUCCUGUCCUGCACGGCCAGUCAAGCACUUCAACAAGCACUGCGCUAAGCAAAAGCGAAACCUUCAGCGCAGUCUCAUUUAAACUUCAGUUUGAUAAAAAGUGAUGGCAGCAAUCCGUAAGAAGCUGGUGAUUGUAGGAGAUGGAGCCUGUGGUAAAACCUGCCUGCUGAUUGUCUUCAGUAAAGACCAGUUUCCUGAGGUUUAUGUGCCCACAGUUUUUGAAAACUACAUCGCUGACAUAGAGGUGGAUGGCAAACAGGUGGAGUUGGCUCUGUGGGACACAGCUGGUCAGGAAGACUAUGAUCGGUUGAGGCCAUUGUCGUAUCCAGACACAGAUGUUAUUCUGAUGUGUUUCUCUAUAGACAGUCCAGAUAGUUUAGAGAAUAUCCCAGAGAAGUGGACACCAGAAGUAAAACAUUUUUGUCCCAAUGUUCCCAUCAUCCUGGUGGGAAAUAAAAAGGACCUGCGAAAUGAUGAACACACACGCAGGGAGCUCAUCAAGAUGAAACAGGAACCUGUAAAACCCGAGGAGGGGCGUGAUAUGGCUAACAGGAUCAGUGCUUUUGGAUAUCUGGAGUGUUCUGCUAAAACUAAGGAGGGAGUGCGGGAGGUGUUUGAGAUGGCCACCAGGGCGGCGCUGCAGGUCCGCAAGCGCAAGAAGAGAAGUGGCUGCCUGCUCUUAUGAGCCUCACUGAUACAAACGCCUCUAUCUAUCUCUAUCUGCUUUCCAACAACUGACACACAACCCCAGGAGAACCUUUAUCCAACUGUCUGCCAUCUCAUACCAUUCACCACAUUUUAAACAAUGGAGGCGUGGAUGACCGAAAAAUAUGUUUAGAGAAACCGAACUGUCAACACCUCUUGAUCAUGAUGUCUUUAUUUCUUUUUUCUUUUCACCAGCAUACCUUCCUUCCUUUUCUAGGAGAAAGACUGACUGAUUAAGUUUGUAUAAAUCUUCUCUGUUUUGCUCUGUAUUCUGAUUUGCAGUUAUUCUAUGCCUCUGAAUAUAAUGUUCAAUGAUCUAAGUUGAAAUCUGAUACAUUUGAAAAAAAAAAAAAAAAUGAAGUAUACAUUUAUCAUUCAUUUUAA